CGAAAUUGAUCUCAUGGACAUUAACCAUCUUGAUGAAUAUUCCUAUUUGUUGGAGCCCCUGGACACUGAAAACCAUUCAGAACCCACUAGCCUAGACCCUCUUGGGCUUCAGGGACUCGCUCAACCUGACUGGUGGGCGGGGUAUGACACUAAUGAUUCAAGAUUCGAAAUUGAAGCUUCGCUCCAGGAGACCUCCUUAAGUGCAGCUCAGGAAUCCGACUUCUUUCGUCCCGAGGGGUCAGAUAGUUGCGCAGAAAAUAAUGGCUCGAUUGAGCGAUUCGCUCAGUCCACACCCGCUGCCUCUUCUGAAGAUGACUUGGCUAAGGGCCGGUCAUCAAAGAGGCUCCCUGCUGGCGAACGAUUCAUGAGGAAAAACUCAUUUCAGCGAUUGCCUUCGGAAGCAGUGAAGACUUUAAGGCUAUGGUUCCAUCAACAUCAAGACUUCCCGUAUCCCACACCGAAUGAAAGGCGGGAAUUGGAGCAGCACACUGGACUUAACCAGAGGCAAAUUUUUAACUGGUUUGCCAAUGCUCGACGGCGAAAGCGACGAAGCAUAGGAAAGGCUCCCUCGCCCAGUCCUGAGGUCGAUACAGCGGCGCAAUCUUUCUUGUCUCCUCUAGAACGCUGGCAACAUUCACCCCCUGAAUGCGAGCCCGCUGCCACGUCCGACAUUCUGCGAGCUCUAGAAAACGCGCCACCGUCUUCUGACUGGAAUAUCGUGGACAGCAGCGACCAGAGUUCGAAGUCAGAAAAUAGCUCUGGCAGUUCCUUCUUAUUCGGCGCUCCCUCGGUAGGCACUUUCGAACAUAGUGGCUCCUCUGGCUCCGAUUUAUCGGUUAAACCCCAGAACCGGCGUUUUCAAAGACCACCCACGCCCAUUCCGAGCAUGAGACCGCGCCGCCGCAAGAAGGUUUCAAAAUCUUCAUCUCGAUUAGACAAGCCGAUAACACAUGAGCAUCGCCCGUACCAGUGCACGUUCUGCUGCGAUUCCUUCCGUAGCAAAUAUGAUUGGGUACGACAUGAAAAAGCCCUUCAUAUCUCGGUAGACCGGUGGCGUUGCGCGCCAGAAGGCGGCAUCGUUGAGACAGAUGGAGUCAACGUCUGCGUCUUCUGUGACGCGCCAGAUGCAAGCGACACACAUCUCGAGACACAUAACUACCUCCGGUGCCGAGACAAACCUCCCGAGCUACGAGUGUUUUCACGAAAAGACCACCUACGGCAGCACCUUCGGUUGAUGCAUGACGUACAGAAAUGUCCUUUCCUGGAUAGAUGGCGAGACUCCACGCCCGAGAUACAUUCACGGUGUGGUUUUUGCAACUCGGAUUUCAAAACCUGGGAGGAGAGAGUGGAUCAUGUGGCCGAGCACUUUAAAAAGCGCGCAGAUAUGAGCCAGUGGGCUGGAGGCUGGGGUUUUGAGCCGGACGUCGAACAUCAGGUGGAAAAUGCCAUGCCUCCUUAUUUGCUUGGAAUUGAGCGCUCUACAGUGGACCCGAUGAAAAUUUCCAAUGUGGACGUCGCACAGCUACAAGAGGGCGAACCGUCUGCUUCAAAUGGCGAUUUUCCCAAGGGGGUAGAGCUUUACUGGAUUCUAUAUAAUGGCAUGGUUGCAUAUAUCAAGGACCAAAUAUCCAUGGGUAUAUAUCCUUCAGACGAGAUGAUUCAACGCAAAGCUCGUCUGAUGAUAUAUGAAAGCGAUGAUCCUUGGAAUCAGACAUUCGCUGAGAACCACACAUGGCUGGCAGCUGUCAAAAAUGAUGCGGGUCUGAUGGAACCUCAGACCCAUAUUGCACUGUCUAAUGAGAUUUGA